AGGGCUGAUGUGAUCCACAGCUCCGGUGGAGAGGAAAGUUUGAGAAAGCAGCGAUUUGAGGCAGAUUACAUCAGUCCAGCUGCUCACACUCACAUCACAACCGACUCAACUUACCCGAUUAGUCGAUUAUCGACGUGCUAUUGCUAGGUUUGAGUUAUCUAUCCAUCAUCUCAUGAUCCAUGCAGGAGUUUGGACAUUUUCUGGACACCCACCCACAGGUCAGACCUGACUUCUCAUCUUGGAGAUUCAAUGAACUUUACCUGCAGAUGGUGUAGACUUUUUUGUGUGGCGGUGUUUCUGCUCUCCAGCCCACUGACGCUGUGCACUGACUGAUCACUGAUGCUUUCCCAUGACUUUAAAUAUGCCAUUUGGAUUGAAAUCACAUAAAAGCUGUAAAACGGAAGCCCAAUGAGCGACACACAGCCAACACUCACUGACAGAUUUUCCAAAAAGGCAAUCAGAACCAAUAGCAUUCUCAGCAGAGAUCACCCUCCGGAUAAAAAGCCCAAAAGCGACAAGGCUUCCAUUCCUCCUGCACAAGACUUUGACUCUACAGGGCUGGUUCAGAGAUGUGUGAUCAUUCAGAAAGAUGAGAACGGUUUCGGCCUAACAGUGAGCGGAGACAACCCUGUGUUUGUGCAGCUAGUCAAAGAGGAUGGAGCUGCUAUGCGUGCAGGGGUUCAGACUGGGGACAGGAUCAUUAAGGUCAACGGCACUUUGGUGACACAUUCAAACCAUGUUGAAGUGGUGAAGUUAAUCAAAUCGGGCUCCUACGUGGCCCUCACUGUGUUGGGCCGACCACCUGGAUUACCCCAGAUCCCUCUUUCAGAGGUUGAUCUGAGUCUUGAGUCACUAGACGAUAAUGGAGCAUCUUCAGUCUCUUUCCCACAUUCUCCACGACAGAGCCGAAGCAAGCGGGAAUACAAGGAGGAGAACAGUGUCAUGCACAGUCUGAAAGCGGACAUGGAGAAGAAGCUGACGAAAGAAAGACAGGAGUUCCAGGACAUGAAAGAAGACGAUGUCAAGAAUCCCGCCCUCCGACUACUGAGAGACCUCCAGGAAGCAAAAAGAAACACGCACAGAGCAACACAGGAUGGCCUGCCUGUUGGAGACUGUGAGGGUGGUGGUGGGGUCGAUGUGGACCAGGCCAGUUCAGAUGGCUUGUGGAGCCCUACUCUGCGUUGCCACCACUCGGCUUCCCCAAAGGCUGUUGGCCAGAAAGACUCGAGCAGUCCAAAGAGCACACAACGAGACAGCCUCAACUCAUGCUCUUCACCUGAGAAUACAGACACCUUUGACCUGGACUCGAACCUCCAGCCCGGUGUGAAAGGUACUUCCUCCGGUCUUACAGCUCAGAUUAUUGAAACGGAGUAUGACUACUUUGACUCAGAACAUGAGCAGGAGCAGGUGAACGUGCAGUGUAACUCUUUCCAGAGUUUGGAGCUUCUUAAGACUCGACCUGCCCACCUUGCAGCUUUCCUGCACCAUGUGGUGUCCCAGUUUGACCCUGCUCCUGUGCUUUGCUACCUUUACGCUGACCUCUACAAGCAGACCAAUUCAAAAGAAACCAGGCGUGUCUUCAUGGACAUUUUCACUUUUUUUAUUGACAGAGGAGCUAAUUUAAAAGUAACUGUGCCUGAAUGUAUCUCUUCUGAACUUGAGCAGCGGAGGCCAGAGCUGAUUCCUGAGGAGUUACACAGACAGUAUGUUCAGACAAUGCAGGACACACUUCUCCCUGAAGUGUACAAAAUUCUCGAGGACUUCAAACAGAAGCACGGUAUGGGGCUGACUUUAGCUGAGCGAGAGCUCGCACAUCUGGACUCGGAGCAGUUAAAAGAUGCCACCGCUGCUCUGGAGAGAGAGAGAUCCUGUGCUGAGAACAUCCUAGCCAAAAUAGAUGACAUUCUGUUGUCCUCACUCGCUGCAGAAGAAGAAAAGUGUACCACGAUACAGUAUGUGAUCUACAUCUAUAUGAAGCACCUUGGUGUGAGAGGCAAAGAGCAGCGUAACCUAGAGUCCAAACGUGUGCGCAUAAAUUUCCUGCCCAAGAUCAAAAAGAGCAGCAAGCUGGAGAAAGAAGGAGAAGAAAAGGUGAAGAAGCCUCGGUUCAAUAUCUUGGGGCCUCAGCGUCGGCCAAGCCGCAUCGAAACAGCAUCUGUAGGUCGUAUUGUGGAUGGAAACAAGCCAAGGCCUCAGAAGCAGCUCUCACAGCCAGCGAUGGGAAAGUGUGAUAUGGUAGAUGGUGGGCGUUUACGAGGAAGUCAGUCGAGCGAGGGCUCGGACCUCAUCCAAAACCCCACGGUCAUCAGCAACAUUCCUCCUUACACCCCUGUCUCAGAUACAGUCUUCAGAGACUCAGACUGCAGUGUGAACCCAUCCUCCAUGCUCCAACGGUUGAGUGAUGGUAUGCAGGUUGGGGAAGGGAUAGACAUGACAUACCCCCCAUGUGAUUACAUCCCCUACCAUGUGGAGCAUCUCGAUGAGGACCGAGAUGGAGACAGAUUUGUGGAUGGUGGCACACCUAAGCUGAGCAGAAGGCUCGAGGAGACCCUGAGUGAGGACGAUGGCGUUUACUCGGACAUGGAUCCACCGAACUGGCAGCAGCUUGUUAAGAUGGAGGUUCUAGCUGAGCUGACACCCCAGGAGAUCAAGCGACAGGAGGUUAUUAAUGAGCUGUUCUACACAGAGCGUGCACACGUGCGCAUGCUGAAAGUCCUGGACAACGUCUUCUACCAAAAGUUGACCCGUGACAACAUAUUACCACCUACCGACAUCAAAACCAUCUUCAGCAACCUGGAGGAGAUCAUCCAGCUGCAUGUGACGAUUUCAGAGCAGAUGGCAGCCAUACGCAAGAGGAACGAAACAUCAGUGGUUGACCAAAUUGGAGACGAUUUGCUGUCUUGGUUUAGCAGGGAAGAGGAGGAAAAGAUGAAACAUGCAGUAGGCACCUUCUGCAGCAACCAGCCCUUUGCUCUGGAGCUCAUCAAGAGCCGGCAAAAGAAAGACCAGCGCUUCCUCACCUUCAUGCAUGAGGCAGAGAGUAACCGGAUGUGCCGGAGGCUGCAGUUAAAAGACAUCAUCCCUGCUGAGAUGCAAAGACUCACCAAGUACCCGUUACUGCUGGAGAACAUCGCCAAGUACACUGGUGCUCCAGAGGAGAAAGACAAGGUGAGGAAAGCAGCUGAUUGUUGUCGCAAGAUCCUCAACCACGUUAACCAAGCAGUGAAGGAGUCAGAAAAUAAACAGCAUCUGGAGGACUACCAGAGACGCCUGGACCUCUCUUCUCUGAAGCAGAGUGAAAAUCCGCUCAUUUCUGAGCUUAAGAAUCUCGACCUCACCAAGAGGAAGUUGAUCCAUGAAGGUCCACUGACCUGGAAACUGAAUAAAGACAAGACUGUUGAGUUAUACACACUACUCCUUGAGGACAUCCUGGUGCUGCUGCAGAAGCAAGAUGAGAGACUCGUUCUUAAAUGUCACAGUAAGAACCGUGCAGGCUCAGCCGACACACAGCACAUCUUCAGCCCUGUCAUCAAGCUUAACACUGUACUGGUGCGCUCAGUGGCCACGGACCACAGGUCCUUCUUUGUACUCUCCAUGUCGGACAGUGGAGCUCAGAUCUAUGAACUGAUGGCCCAAACAGUGUCUGAACAGAGAAUAUGGCAGAGGCAUAUCAUUCAGCGAGCAGAGGCAAUGAAGUCCAGGCCACACAGCAUCAUUCCCCUGCCUCAUUCUGCAGGGGAGAGAAAUGGAGUCGGAGAUGGUAAACUUGCCAAAUCUCCAGAGCACGAGUGUGCUAGCAGUGCUCACACCUCAGGUAAAACCUGCGAUGGAGUACCUGAUCGUAUCUGCAGUAAUGAGGAGCAGGAGCAAACUCGGGCGCAUGGCCAUGAUGAAAGGUCUUCUCUAGAACCAGAACUGCUGGAUGGCUAUGACACAGACUUUCCUUCCUCUUCCUGCAGAGCUGAAGAAGCUCUGAAAACCUUGGCAGCUUUAAAGCAGGUAUUGGUCACUCAGUUGAUGGCCCAGAACGACGGGGAGUGGAUGGGCCGGCGUCUCCUCAGGACCACAUCUUUGCGCACAUCAUGCAGGACUCAGGACGCUUCCUCAGGGGACACGGGUUUUUAUGAAGGCACUGAGGACUAUGGCUACCUGGUGCUGGAGGGCUCUGGUGGCUCCGAGAGCAGCACUGAUGAUAACGUUCAGUACAGGAGGAAGGAGUUGGGUCUUUCCCGUGGCUGUGCUGCUGAUUCGGGUAUCAGCCUCAGGUUUUCAUCGUCCUCAGCAGAGAGCUUAUGCGGUAUCAGUAGACAGGUUCUCACAUACCUGCGUUCUCUGCAAGCCAACCUCAAUCACCUCAAGGAGGUCGAGAGCAGAUAUUAUCUGUUAAAGCAAAAACAGGAAUCAGCAGCCACCAGGGGGAACAAAGAUAAGAAAUAGCGUGGUGAAAUUUUCCUGGCUUGAGUUAACCUGGGAGCACUUGGGCUUUCGCGACGCUCUGCAACGUCUUGCACAGAGGGAGAGUGAUGAGCCGUGUUUCGACAAAGUGUGUGCCCUCCCUCCAUUAUAGUCAGUUAGGGAAGAUGGACGGUCCUGUCUAAAACCUAGCUUGGUCCUGCAGCACUUCCUCAGUCCAGCCAGAAUGGACUGUCCAGCCCAGUCCUGUCCAUCACCCUAGCUAUACCAACAAGAAUGAUGAACAAAUGUGUACUUACAAAUAUAUCUAUGAUGUGUAUAUACCGUAUAUAUAAACCAUUAAACAUUUUUAAGGAAUGAUGUAACAUUUUUAAUCCUAGAUAUAUUUAUUUUAUUUCCUUCCCAAGUUGCUUGCAAGUCGCUUUUUUCUUUUUACUUUUUUUAUUAUUUUUUUUUUACAUUUUUGUGCUUCCAUGUGCGACUUGUGUUUGAGUAUGCAGUGUGUGUUGUCGCUAUGUAUAUCAGAAGAUCCUCUCUGAGAGGCUUCGACUCACAUCUUGUAUAAAAGUGCACUCGAUCACCUCCUCUUCUGCUUCAAGAGGUUAAAGAGUUCGAGCUGAGAUGAGAAGAGCAUUAAACCUGAACAGGCCUAAUAACUACCUGCAAAUGCAGAAUAUAUAACCAUUGAGGUGGCAAUGAUGCAAAACUUGGAAAUAAAGAUGCAAUGAGUGAGCAUUUGGGGUUUUUAUUUCCAUUCAUCUGCUUGUGAUGAUGUUUCCAGAUCAGUGUUUUGAUGCCACGAGUGUCUGAGUAGGAUCCUGUCAUUAUCAAAAGCCAUGAUUUUUAAAUGACAGCAUGCUGUUCCUGAAUCAUCUGCUAUAUCAGUGAGCUCUGUAUAAGGGUGUGCUUUUAUAGGAAAAUAAUCCACGCUGGCGUAAUGUGAUGAGAUCUGGCACGAAGCAGAGUUCCUCCUAAACCCCGGAAUUUGAUUAUUUUCCAAUAACAGCACAUUCAGAAUUUAUUAAAGAACGACAUAUUGUAUGUUUAAAGAUUUAUAGUUGUGUUUAAUGUUGUGGAACGGCUGUGAGCCAAGUUACUUCCUGUUAUCACUUGCAUUAUAGCAGCUGUAAACAACUGUAUCCUCACCAGCUUCCCUCUCUCUCUCUCUUUUUCUCUGAUGCAGCUGAAAUGUUAGACAAAAUGGAAAGACACGUCCAUGGUGAAGAACACUCCUUACAGAAAGGGCUGUCCACAAAUAUUGGCACCUCUUGUAAAGAGGGUUAGAAAAAAAUACACCUUUAGUUGAAGUUGCUUCAUCUGACACUGAAAAAAAUGAGAACGAUCCAACCUUUAAUUGAAAUAAAUUUGUUCAGAGAAACACAAAUACUAUUUUCAAUAAAAACACGUGCCACUAUUAUAAUGGAGUACAACCUCCAUUUGCCAGUAAAACAGCACCGAGUCUCUCCUAUAACAUUUUAUAGCAGGGCAUCCGAGACCAUUCCUCUUGACACAAUCUCUCCACGUUGUCCAGGGUCCGAGGCCCUGUCUUGUGCGCUCUCCUCUUCAGCUCAGCCCGCAGGUUUUCAAUGGGGUUCAGGUCAGGGGACUGAGACGGCCAGGGCAGAAGCUUGAUUUUGGUGUUGAUUUGGAAAUGUGCUUCAGAUCAUUGUCCUGUUGGACGAUCCAAUGACAACCCAGUUUUAGUUUCCUGGUAGAGGCAGCCAGAUUUAAAUUUAAAACGUCCUGGUAUUUCAUGCAGUCCAUGAUGUCAUGUGCAAAGUAUUAAAUGCAGGGGUGCCAAUAAUAGUGGCAUACUGUAUGUGAUUUUGUUGAAAAUAUUUCUUUCUUGGUGAAAGGCUCGUUUUUCCUCUAAAUAAGUUUAGAAUAAACGUAACGUCUCCUUACAGAAAACUUAACUUGUUAUUAGUGUUAGAUGGAGUGUGGAGUUUGGCGCGUCCACCAUGCGCGUCCCUGUGAGUUAGCCGUUACUCUAGAAACAAUAAUGCAUUAACACUUCAGCUUGGACCACAGCGCUGCUGAAUUCUUGAGUCUGCCGGGUCAGAGGGUGUUUAAUAUGAUUCAUUUCUUUCACAGCCCAGUUCUGAAAAUAAUACAGGCUGUAAUUCAAUUGGCAGGUUUACAUUAACGAGUUUGAUCUGUUAUUCUUUCUAUAGUAACAACUCCUUCACAGAGCCUUGCCUAGCGGGCACAGCACAUAAUCUGUAUAAUAAUAACCAAGUUAAUUAACAUAGAAAAAUAUAUAAUCAUCGAUGUGUUGGUAUUUUCUGUAAGGAAAUGUUUGCCAUGACAAGUUUAUUAUAUAUUUUUUUUAAUGAA